ACCUCGCGUCACUCUACAGCGCUUUCGGGAUCGGACGCACAUUCGUUCGUUCUUUAAUUCAUUCAUUCCACAGCAGAGGAGCGGGCGGCCUCGAUCGGUCUACAGUUUCCAGCUGUCCCGUAUUGUUUUGUGGAACUAGUAGAUAUGAACCACCUUGAAAAGAUUGACAGGCUGUUGAAUUCUAUAGUGGACAGCCUAUUUGGAGAAAGAGAUACUCGUGUGAGAGGAUGGCUCCUGCUGGAUUCCUACUCACCAACAUUCUUGCUCACCAUCACCUACCUCCUAACAAUCUACCUGGGAACAAAAUAUAUGAGAAACAGACCAGCACACUCACUGAAAAAUGUUUUACUGCUGUACAACUUUUCUAUUACUAUGUUGUCUUUAUACAUGCUGGUUGAGUUGAUGUUAUCAGUUUGGUCUGCCGGUUAUCGUCUUCAAUGUCAGGGACUGCAUGAAGCUGGUGAAGCAGAUAUCAGGGUAGCAAAAGUACUGUGGUGGUACUAUUUCUCCAAGCUGAUUGAAUUCCUGGACACCAUCUUCAUUGUGCUGAGGAAGAAAAACAACCAAAUCAGUUUCCUGCAUGUGUAUCAUCAUGCCUCUAUGUUUAACAUCUGGUGGUGUGUCCUCAACUGGAUACCCUGUGGACAGAGUUUCUUUGGGCCAAUGCUAAACAGUUUCAUCCAUAUCCUCAUGUAUUCUUACUAUGGUUUGUCAACCAUUCCAUCCAUGCACAAAUAUCUGUGGUGGAAACGCUACCUCACGCAGGCUCAGCUGGUUCAGUUUUUAUUGACCAUUACACACACAGUAAGCGCAUGGGUCAUUCCUUGUGGCUACCCUCUGGGUUGUUUGAAAUUUCAAACCUUCUACAUGUGCACACUUGUCGUCCUGUUUGUCAACUUCUACAUGCAGACAUACAGAAAGAGGAAGCUGGAGGGUGACAGAAUUGCUAAGGUUGGAGAUCUUAAAAACAGUCAUUCUAAUGGCCUUUCAUCCUCUCUCAACGGAGCUAACUCCAAACAGAAGCUGCAGUGAUGCCACUAUAUGGCCAAUGGAAUGCUCUUCUCAAUUCACUUAUGCUGAAUACUAGCGCAAUAGCAGCUAUAAUCAUCUUAUAAUCAAAAUGCAAUUUUAUAAAUUAGAAUAUAACUUUUUAACUGUUUUGUAUCUUUGUUUUGCAUAUGUUCCUCUGAGGCCAAUGUAAAUGCUGAACAAUAAUUAUGUGGAAAAAAUUUGUCAAACUCUGAUUCAAAAUAAACAGCUCUGUUAAUGAUUACAGUAUCUACUUUUUUACACAUCUUUGGCAGUUCAUCUCUAAUGACAAGAAAAUGUUCUGUAAGAUCCCCCAAAUCACUAUAAUCAUUUAUUAUUCAACAAAAGUCACCUUAGGCUACAAGUCUUAAUCUGACAUGCUGAUUAAACCAUUCAGUGUGUUAUUGAAUGUGUUGAUAUGUAGGAUCUUAUAACAGAUCAUAGCACUAAUAAUACACCUUUCCCAAGUCUUCAUUAUCAGCCAUGGAUUGUUAGGUAUAGAUGUCAAGUCCCAUGAAAAAUGCUAUAUAAAAUACAUUUGUAACUCUGUUAAAUACCCCAUGAAAAAUGUUCGACAAAUGCAUUUUUUUUUUUUUUUUUGAGGGGGUGUUUUGAUAUUUCAGGGCUGGGCAACUUGAUCAGCUUGCUACAGUGUGUUUGAUAAGAGUUGGCGCUAAACUCGGCAGGAAAGUGGAUCUUGAAGGCCCACCCCUGACAUAUUUCCUAUUGCAACCAGAGGGCAUAGCAAAGGGUUUGCCCAUUUGUUUAAAUAGCUAAUAACCUUUAUACUAACGGCACAGCCAUGAAUCAUGAUUUACAUCCUAUUGCAAGUCUUGGCAAGUGCCAUCACCAAAAAAAAAAAAAUUUAAAAAAAUGUAAAAUUAUUAGAUAUUUAGGUUGAGUCAGUGUAUUUUGCUAGAACAGGGGUGCCCAACCCUGUUCCUGGAGAUCUACUUUCCUGCAGAGUUCAGUUCCAACCCUGAUCAAACAAACCUGUCUGUAAUUAUCAAGUGCUUCUUCAGAUCCUAAUUAGUUGGUUCAGUGGUGUUUAUGGUUGGAGCUGAACUAUGCAGGAAGGUACAGUGCACAGCAUAAAUGAGUACACCCCCUCUAAAACUUAAAUUCAGCAAUUACUCUUUACUUGUAUGACAUUUUAGAGUUCUUUGGAGAUAUAUUGUUCCAACAAGCCUGCUUGAUCAAUUACCAAAGAAGAAUGUCAAAAUUAUUCAGCAAAAUAAGAUUUUAAUCAAAGUGAUAAAAUGUGUUGCAAAAAUGAGUACACCCUCCUGAAAGUUACUAAAUAAAAAAAAAGAUAGGUUUAAGGCUAUUUUUGAUCAACAGGUAACUAUAUUGAAGCAAAACUUUUAAAGACAAGUCAUUUCCUGACAAUUAAAAGCGUUAUUCAGCCCACUGAAUCAUACUCAGACUUAAUGCUGGCAGCAGAGGAACCACUUGGGAGAGAACUGCCAGGUGACUUAUUUCUUAGCAUAAAAGAGGACAGUGGUACAAGAGGAACACCAAAUUAUUGUUCAAGUGUGAAAAUAUAGCAGAAGUAGCACCGACAUUCAAAAACAAUGGACUUGUGACAAGGCUCCUGAAAUAAUCGGGUCUUCGCUUUAAGUUUUCAUUUAGUGAAGAGUGAAUUUUUGCUAGAAAAAGAGCAGGAGAAAUAACAUGCAAGCGUCUCAGAGCCAGCAAAAGCUAUGAAAAGAGUGACACUUUCUCUCACAGAGUAUGACGCAGCCUGCAGAAGUGACAUGCUUGUUGUCACCACUAGAAUUAAAGGGUUAGUUCGCCCAUUUAAGACAUGAAGUUGUAUG